UGUGUUUCAGCCUUGCACACUGACAGCAUUUCAUUGCAAAGCCACAAUGACAAGCAGCAACAAAAAUACAAACUCAAAUGUCCCGUUCACUUUAAAUAAAUACCACGUCUCAGAAGAGUACGGAUUUCUGCUUCCUCUGCCACGGACAGAUCUGCCCGAAUAUUAUCGGCCCUGGAUGAAGAUUGCCAGAAACCUCACCGACUUGAUAGAAGCACACACGCUACGCAAUGAGGUUAACAAGUUGCCGCUGCUGGACACAGGUUACCUGCAGGGGCACAGGGAGCAGAGGCUGGCACGCACGGCUCUGAGUUUCAUUACCAUGGGCUAUGUGUGGCAGGAGGGGGAGCAUGGCACUAUAAAGAUCUUACCAAGAAACCUGGCGAUCCCAUAUUGUGCGUUGUCACAGUUACUUGGUCUGCCUCCUAUACUGGUUCAUGCCGACGGUGCGUUGAGCAACUGGAAGAAAAAAGACCCCAGUGGCCCUUUGGAAAUAGAGAAUCUGGACCUGAUCGUGUGCAUGCCUGGAGGAGACAGUUUCAAAGGUUUUUUUCUGGUGACCUUGUUGGUUGAACUGGCAGCCGUACCGGGACUCAAGGCAGUGGCUGCAGUGAUCAAUGCUGUGCUUGCAUGUGAUGACCAGAGCCUCAAGAGGGCGCUAGAGGACCUGGCCAGGUCUAUCCAGAGCAUGACCGAAGCUCUGAAGCAAAUGCAUGCUCACGUUGAUCCUGCAACAUUUUACGGAAUGAUUCGUAUCUUCCUAUCUGGCUGGAGGGAUAACUCCUCCAUGCCAGAGGGGCUGGUGUACGAAGGCGUGCAGGAAGACCCGUUGCACUAUUCGGGGGGCAGUGCAGCUCAGAGCAGCGUCCUGCACUGUUUCGAUGAGUUACUGGGGGUGAGACACGGCAAGGACAGCGCUGCUUUCCUGAACAGGAUGCGAGACUACAUGCCUUCCUCCCACAAGCAGCUGGUGCUGGACAUCUCCACAGGGCCGUCGCUGCGGCACUACGUCCUGGACUCGGGGAACCCGGAGCUCAGGGGCGCUUUCAACGGUUGCGUGGCUCAGCUCGUGGCCCUCAGAAACUAUCACAUCGUGGUGGUAAGCCGAUUCAUCACCCUCCCGGCAGCCCGGGCGAGGGAGAGGAGGAGCCGAGCCGAUCCCUCCGCAGAGACCCUCACUCGAGCCCCCUCCUCACUGGAGGAACGGGGGACCGGAGGCUCCGGGGUCAUGAGCUUCCUGAAGAGCGUCCGGGACACCACCAAAGAGGCUGCGAUACCAUGGGAUGGAAACAAGACUCCCACUGCAUAGCAGUUUGAUCCAUUCCUGGUUUUACUACGAGUUUAAUAACGACAUGCCUGAACUUGUUACAUUACGUCUACACUGGGGCUAAUCAAGCACAUAUUAAAAACUUGAAAAAAUGGGUGAAA